AUACACGCCUACUAUGCAGCCCAGUCAUUGCUACUGUAUGUUCUAGACGCUACUGAGUCUUCGUUUCCUAGUCUCUGAGCUGAGGGUGCCAUCACGCAAGACGACACGACCAUUGCGGCGAGAGAACCCCUGUCAGGGUCCCUCGACUCUCUCCUCUCGGCACGCCACCCCACGCGCCUUGACUGAUUGCAUAUUGCUCGAUCCACAUUACGCCGGGUUAGUAGUUGCCGGCAAGUCCUGAGUGGGUAGGGGGGUCCUUACACCUUAGGCCCUGGACUCUCGCCGUAGUCGCACAGCUCGUCGCCGUGAUUAGUAUGAACCAACAAUCAUGUGCGUCGACGCGUGCCGCCAUCCCCCACGGAUCAGGUUUUCCCAGAUUUUCUGCUAGCAUCGCCUCCAACUUUCUGACUCCUCUCUCCCACCAACAUGGCUCUUCGUAAUCGGCACCUAGUCACACCUCCACUACCUUGCUACGAAGUAGGGUAGCCGGCAGUUUUGCACGCCCUUAGAGUCCACCGCAGACAUCUAGCUGUCAGAAAUACCUUCGAUCAUCGCGUUCGUCGUGUCUAUAUAGACUGAGACAUUUCAGCCGUCGAGUUUGUGUAUAGUCGUCAGCCAUGGCGGCGGCUGCCGUGCUGGCGCCCGGCCGGGCGGCGCGGGCCGUGGUGGCGGCGAUGGAGACGUACCACGAGGCGCGCAUCCAGUUCGUCGGGAAGGUCGGCGACCUCGCCUUCUCGCCGCAGAACGCGGAGGCGUUCUUCUCGCUGGGCGCCAUGCAGCUGCUGCUGCCGCUCAUGCAUGACGUCAUGUCGUCCGUGCGCUCCGCCGCCAUUCUCUCGCUGGGGCGCCUCGCCAACGUGUCGGACACGUGGGCCAACGACAUCGUCGACCGCAACGUGCUGCCGGACCUCUGCAAGGCGCUCGCCGGCACCAAUCGUCACCACAAGCGCGCCGCUGCGUUCGCCGUCAAGGCAGUGGCGCGCCACGCUGGCGCUGAGCUGGCGGCGGCCGGCGGCGGCGGCUCGGGCAGCGUGCUGCCGGUCCUCGCGGAGUGCCUCACGGACGCGAUGCCGGCGGUGCGCGAAACCGCCGCGUGCGCGUUGGGCCACGUGGCAAAGCAGAGCCGCGACGCGGCGACGCGUGUUAUAGAGACCGGCGCGGUGCCGACUUUAAUAGGCUCGCUGCAGGACGAGGAAGUCGCGCGAAUGGCGCUGUCCGUCCUCGGCGACAUCGCGAGACACUCCGCGGGGCAUGCGACGAUUGUGGCGGACGGGGGGAGGGGGGAAGCGGAUGGCGGAGCGGGGGGCGCGGAAGCGGGGGCGGAAGGGGGCGCGAUCGGGAGAAUAGUGGCUCUGCUGGGUUCGAAGGACGUGAAGAUGAGACGACAGGUGUGCGUGUGUCUGUCGCAGAUCGUGAAGCACUCGGAAGAGCUCGCCAUUCGCGUGGCGUGCGCGGAGGGCAUAGCGCGCCUCUUCCUGUGCUUGCACGACUCGGACCAGGCCCUCCGCAAGAACGCCGCCUUCGCCAUGCGCGAGAUCGCGCGCAAGUCGCCCGCCGCCGCGGACCGCCUGAUCCACCUGGGCGCCAUAGGGCCCGUCAUCGACGCCGUCUUGACGGAAGAGGGCGGGGUGGGCUCGGCGCGCUUGGCGGUGGUGCAGGCGCUGGGGCACCUGGCGGGGGCGGGCGGGGAGAACGCGCUGGCGAUCGUGGCGUCGGAGGGGAUCGCGCCGCUCAAGGAGCUGCUGAUUCAGGCUGACGUGGACGAGGCGGUGCGGGGGGCCUGCGCGUGGGCGCUGAGUCAGAUCGGGCGGCAUAGCUCGGCGCAUGUGAAGGCGGUCGCGGAUUCCGGAGCGUUGAUCGACAUGGUCACUGUGGCUACAGUGGACCUCGCGCAUGCUGCUACAGCGCCCUCCGCUUCUGGUGCCAGUGCCACCACUGCUUCGCCCGUAGCAGUAGAGGCUCGGGCGCGGAUAGUGAAGGCUUUGAAGGACCUGGUGAGCGGGGUGGGCGAGCUGGAGUCUCUAGACUCGCUGCUGCAGUGGACCACUCUGCCCGAAGGGGUGCUAGAAGCGGUGCUUCUGCGAAUCUUCCACGUGCUCAACAGCAGCAGCAAUGCGUGCCGGUCCGCCUUCGUGCAGUCGAGGGGAUUCGCGAAGCUGCAGCGGUUGCACGAGGAGGCGGAGAGGAGGAGAGCCGCGGUCAUGGAGGCAAGGGAUGCCGGGAGGGAAGAUGCGGCGUGUGUGGAUGGGGGCGUGGACUACGACGCGGUGUACGAUCAUAUCGCCAUGAUCAAUACUUUCUUUCCGUUUGAGGUCUCUGUGACCUACCCGCCCGAGUACCAGCAGCGGCUGCUGGAGAAGCUUACAGCGAGUAUGAACUCGGGGUCGUCCCCCUCCGCGUCUCCUGGGAAGAAGGGCAAGGGGAAGCUGCCCCGGCUGAAGAUUCUGGGCGGCGGGCUGGUGGGGAAGGGCGGGUGGGAGGAGGCGGAGUUAUCACCGGGGGAGAGCGAGGAGGAGGUGGGGAAGCGGCUGGGCAUGGCGGAGCUGGUGGGGGGGCGGAAGCCCCAUGGGCUGGAUGGGGAGGCGGAGGGGAGUAGGGAGGGUGGGGAAGGGGGAGGGGAGGCGGUGGUGGUGGAGGAGAGGAGUGGGGAGAGUGGGGCUGUUCUGGCGAGUGAGGGGAGUGGGAGUAAAAGCGUGGAUAGUGCGGAUUCGGGGGAGGGGAAAGCGGCAGCAGCGUCAUCAGAAGCAGCCGCAGAUACAGUGCCUGUGGCACCAGCAGCAGCACCAACGGCAGCACCAGUACUCCCAACCCCAGCACCGCCUGAUCCCCCUGCUGCAGCCCCGCCCCCUCCCCCUCCUCCCACUGCCACUGUUUCUCUGCCCGCCCCUCCUGCUCCUCCCCCCCCAUCUGCCCCUCCCCUCCCCCCUCCCCCACCGCCCCCUCUCUCAGAAGCUGCAGCUCCGCCUCCUCCCCCUACACCCCCUCCCCCUCCCCCUGCUGCUCUGCCUGACCCCCCUCCUCCUGCUCCUCCUGCUCCUCCCGCCCUUGCUCAAUCCGCCCCUCCACCACCGCCCCCUCCCCCACCACCACCACCUCCUGCCUUUGACCCGCCCCCACCUCCUCCCCCUCCCGCCGCCCCUGAGCCUGCCGCAGCAGAGCCCACAGCAGCAGCACCGAGAUUCCCCCCUCCUCCCCCCCCACCUCCUCCCCCUCCCCUCCCGGGCAGCUACUACUAGAGUGGCAGGCUGAAGGGCAGUGAUGCGAGGCAACGGUUGUGUGAAUGUGUUGCUCCGGCCACUGCAGUGCAUGCUGCAGGGGGGGUGAAAAUAAGUGUCUUCAGUGCGUGUGUUGCAGUGGCACUGCUAGCGACUGUCUUGAGUGGGUGUGCUGCAGCUGGGAACGUCUUGUAGCCAGCCAGAGAUGUGUGCUGCCGCGAUAGAGCGAGGGGUGCUGGCAGUGGUGGCUCCAGUGUUCACAGUAUCGUGAAGGGCUGAUGGAGUGCUGCAAGGCGUGUGCCAUAGCACGCCGUGCAUGUCUGGAUCAUUGGAUCGCGUGCGUCUGUUGAUGUGCCGACGCAUGUUGCUGCGCUUCAACUCCAGGGUGUAGAGUGUAGAGCAGAAGCUAGGUGUAGGUGCUAUAUUCGUUUUAUUAUGUUUUAGGGCGAGUUCUUGGGGCAAUAGUAGCCCUUGGAAGUAUAGGUUUCUUGUGUUGCUCUUAG